CAACCUGAUCCAACUAUUCUGUUGAAUUCUAUCCAGAUUAAAUUCUCGAUCGACCUUGUAUCCGAUUUUUCGGUAAAAUGCAGUUUUUGGCGCGUUUAGAAAAAUCGGACCUUGGGCGCAUGGCUAUCCUGAGGGAAUUCAAAAUGGGAGUGGUAGCAAAUAAAUUGACGGAGAAGAGUUUAUAUAUAAUCUCGCCUAUUGUGAUCACCAGUUUAUUUUAGAAAGUAGCCUAUAGGUUUUUAUGUGUUUCGAAAUAUAUCCUGAUCCAAUUAAGUUCCCAAAGCAACGAAAUCAUGUAAAUAAGAUUUUAAAAUUGAUUUUACAGUGAACAUGCAGAACGCACACGUUAUCAGACAAGAAAGCAUUGGGAACCUAUUGUUGAGUUAUGACUGACAACAAAAACACAAACUGAAGGGCGAAGUUAUCAAGUACACUCCCUCUUUCCCCGUCACCUCGCUCCAUUCUCUAGCUUCUAUUUCUCUCUCACUCUCCCCCUUUCUCACUCUGUUUUUCUCAGUCUCUCUGGGUUUUAUUUGCUGCGGAUCUACUGAAAACGCUAUACAGAAUAAAUCGAAUUCAAGCGAAUAAAUAAAAGGAUAUGACAAGGAUGAAGGACAGUUUUGCUUCAUAAAGCGAGACGCUUUCUGAGUAUGAGAAAAGCAGGCGUCGUCCCCUCGAAGAUGUUCCAGACCUGGGGAGGUCUGGAGGGAUGUACAUUGAAGCGACAGUGAAAACAAACCGUCACACUUAAGGACGCCAGCUAGCUCUCUCUCUCUCUCUCUCUCUCUCUCUCUCUCUCUGUUAAUGCCUCACUGGUCUUAUUGUCUAUAUUUCUGUUCUAACUGAACGCCUGUGUGCAGACUCAUCGGGCAUUCGAUGGAUUUACAGUGGAUUUUAUAGACUAGUUCUGUAAUCCUUUUGUUUGGUUAUGUCGGUCCACUCCCAUCAGAUGUAUUAGCCUACUUGUAGCAAUCCAGGAAAAUAGCUUGAAACUUUUGUGGCGUGCGUGGUGACACCCGUGGUCUUGCGCGCGGAUUGCUCUUCAUCGCUGGAGGGAAGAAAUCUUUUUUCUUGCAUACGGGUCAAGUAGCUACAGUACUCUGCGUGUGCUCUUCACGACCAGCUGGAAUAAUAUGUCCUUUUCACUUGCGAGAGCAUUUCUGAAAUUAUAUAGAAAUUAUUUGUAACCACGGGCCAUAAUUUCGAGAUAUCGUUGUUCACUGUUACGUCUUAAUGGGAUCCUGAGUUUUUUUAUGUCCCGCUGCUUUAUUAUUAUUAUUAUUAUUUUUAUUAUUUAUUAUUAUUUGUUAUUAGAGUAGCUACACCUUUAUCAUUAGAUCGUGAUUAUUUUAUGGAUUCUUAAAAGCUCUAACAGAAGCGAUGUUACUUGUUAGAAUAUGUUAUAACGAGACGGUAAAGUUUGCAUGAGUAGGUGACAGGUGUACUUUUUUGCUUGUACACCUUGCUCACGACACCCUCAUGGGCACUAAACAGACUAAGGGAGCCGGGCCGGACCCCGGGUCCAGCCCACAGCAGAGCGGAUGGAAACGGACGCCGACCAAACAACGGGGCGAUAUCUUCGCCUCUUUCAUGCUGAGGUCAGGGGACAGGUUCGGUCGCGGCGGACCGCCACCUCCAUACCAGCGACGUAUCGGAAUGAUCCAAGAGAUGAUGGUGAUGGCUAAAGAGGGAAAGCAGAACGAGGCGACGGAGCUGCUUAAGACACUCCGACAGGAUCUGGGGAUGGAGUCGACCUCCCUGGAUGACGUUCUGUACCGCUACGCUAGCUUCCGCAGCCUGGUGGACCCCAUCACCCACGACCUCAUCAUCAGCCUGGCCCGAUACGUCCACUGCCCCAAAACGGAAGGGGAUGCUCUGUGCGCCAUGGAGAAGGUGUGCCGGCAGUUGACGUAUCACCUGAGCCCCCACUCACGGUGGAGAAGACAGGGCCUGCUGAAGAGGAAGCCCCAGGCGUGCCUAAAAGUCUUGCUGUCCGGCCCUCCCACGGGCGGGACGGUGGACCUGUCGGGGAUCCCGCUGGGGGUGCGGGAUGUGGAGCGUCUGAGCGCCCACCUCCAGCGCCACGCGGCCCGCGUGUGCAGCCUGGAGCUGGGCUUCACCGAGCUGACGGACGAGGCCUUCCUGCUGCUGCUGCCCACGCUGGGCGCCCUGCCGCGCCUGGAGACCCUGGCGCUCAACGGCAACCGGCUGACCCGCACGGUGCUCCGCGACCUCACCGACGUGCUCAAGGACCCCGCCAGCUUCCCCGCCGUCACCUGGAUCGACCUGGGCAACAACGUGGACAUCUUCUCCCUGCCCCAGCCUUUCCUGGUCAGCCUGCGCAAGCGCUGCCCCAAGCAGGGCAACCUGCCCACCAUCCUGGAGUUCGGGGAGAGCCAGGCCAGUGAGCCCGAGGGCAGGGCCGGCGCGGGGGUCGCCGGGGACGACGGGACCUGCACGGAGAGCACCGGGGAGCUCGGGUCCGACACCGAGGGAGAGUCGGACGCAGGGUCAGAGGGGCACGGGAUCGUGGAGAUGAUCGACCAAGAUAAUGAGACUUUAGGAAGGGGGGAGGAAGUGAUGGGGGAAGACGGGGCAUGGGGAGAGAGGGAGCGAUGGAGGGCGGAGGAAAAAGAAAGUGGGGGUGGUGGCGAUGAUGCGCGAGGAGAGAGAAAUGGAGAGAGGAAGGAAGAAGCUGAGGGAAAGGAGGAAAUUCCAACAUGCUCAUUUCAACACCCCUGUGCUGUCCAAUCACAGGAGACCCCUGGGCACAUUCAGCCAAUAGGAGGACAGGAGGGGAAGGGUUGGGCAACAAGCGAUCAGACCUGAAACAGCUUUUUUUUGAAGCUAUCUGCGUUUGGUGAGAUUUUUGAACUGAAAGGAAGGUAAAGGAAGAGGAAGAAGAGGUAUGGUAAGAAGACCCUGUCCCUUCCUAACCUGCCCAAGCCCGGAGUUCACCAAUGGAAUGGUAGAUUAUGAUAAAUAUAAUCCCUCCCAGUCUAUAUUAAAUACACAAAGUGGACAUUUGAAGAGAAGAUAGUGGAGUCAGGAGGAGGAUCGGGCAAAUCAUUAUUAUUAUUACUACCAUAUUAGUACACCAGGAUUGUAAACUGUAUUCUUAAAAAUAAGUAUAUUAUAAAUAUAGUUUGAGAUUCUAUGAAAUAUGUAUUUUUAGAUAUGAUUAUAUAUAUCCACUAUUGCAUCAAGGAUGUGGAACUUUCUGGAAGGUGUUUAACCCUGUGCUAAUUCACCUGUGCUAAGAAAAGCAUGUGUGCCUGCUGUUCUGACAACCUGCAUGCAUGGAGACACAGAUAGUCAGUCUGUGGUACUGGGGCCCUGUGUUCCUGAUGGGUUACCCAACAGCCCCAAGUGUUUGGUAACUGAUCCCUCCCCAUUUCCUAGUGGGGGGAAGCUGUCUGAUUGUGUGGUGGAGGCGUCCAGAGGGACGCUUUCUUAGCUCUUGAAGGUGGGGAAAAAAUCAGAUGAGUUGGGGAAAGCUGAGGCUUCAGCCUAGGGUGGUGCGCUGUGUUCUGUGGGGGGGCCUGCUCAUCCUGACCUUCAGAGUUUGGCUCCACCCCCAUGCAGCAAGGAGGGGAGGGGAGGAGUCUGGAGGAGGCCAUGCCACAGUCUAACAAAGAACAGGGGUAAGAACCGGAUCUGCCCCCCCUUUGGGGUAAGAAUGUGCAUUGGGCAUGAGGCCAGGGGGAAGGGGAGGGGAGGAGGGGGCUGCUGUGUCCAGAUGUGUCCGAGACACCGUACUGUGCCCACAGACCACGCAGACGUGGUUACAGUGCACUAGAUUUCGUUUGAGAUGUUUACCCUACGUCAUCUUAUUACUGCAUGAAUCAUGUCCUUUCCUCGUGUUCCCUGUUUCCACUUAAUUUAAGGCUGGUUCCUGCAGCUUGUUUGCUUCUAUUUUUCAUUUAGGUCCAUUGUGACAUUCAAAUUCAGAAGAGGCACACUUUAACCUUCUGUUAUCAAUGGCCUGCCACAGGAACUGCACUGUGUGAUUGGAUUGUUUGUUCAUGUGCAGUAAAAAGAUUGAAAAUGAUUUUUUUCCCAAUUUCUACUUACAGUAACACAAAAAGAUGUGUUUCACUUAAAAAUAAUCUUAGACAUGACUGUCCUCAAAAUAGCCUCCUUUGGCUUUAAUUACAAUUAAACAAAUUAUUGGAAUAUCUAUCUAUCCAAUUAUUUUGCAGAGUGGGAAGUGGAGGGGUAGUUAAACUGACUGAAAUCUGAUCUACCUUAAGUUUUUUUUAACCACAGGUAGCUGAAUAUCAUUGGCUUGUAGUGUAAGUAAAACAGGCACUAAAGUUGUGAUAAAAGGAAGUUAGGUUAGGCUUAGAUGUGCAGAACCAAGUAAUCACAUUGUGCCAAAGUUAUUCCCAGCCAGAAAUUGCAAAGAAGCUUAAGAUUUCCGGAUGCAUUGCUCCGUACACACUCAGAAUGGUCCAGCUGAUUGGGCAGUAAUGUUAACAGGAGAAGAUCGGGAAGAAUAAGAAUAACAUCGGAGGCAAAAGACAAAUAUCUUGUGGUGUCUAGCAAACUGCACCACAACUACAGGAAGAACUCAAUGCAACAAGAGAGAAACCAGUUUCACUGAAAACAGGGAAAUGGCAACUACGAUCUGCUGAUCUAAGGAUAUGUAUCUGCCGUUUCCCAAUCUUUAUUUGUCCAGUGUUGAAGCUGCUUGACUCUUUUCUUCUUGUUAAUAGCACGUAGCAAGGGCUUUCUCACAGAUACACAUCCAUUUAGACCUAGAGAUCGUAGCCGCCAUUUCAUUGCAGUCAGGGAAAAUGGUUUCUCUCUUGUCGCAUUAAGUUCUUCUUGAAGUUGUGGUGCAGUUUUACAAUAGUUUAUUUUGCUUGACAGCACAAGAUAUUUGUCUACUGCCCCUUAAUCUUCCUGGUCUUCUCCUAACAUAGACCCUUCUGAGUGUGUAUGGAACAAAUUAAACAAAAUGAAAAAUUGAUUAGGGAAGGACAUGUAGAUACGUGGGUAAGUGAAAUAAUUGUUUUAAACCCCAAAGAAAUCACAUACAAUACAGUGCAGUAUAGUACGUGCUGAUAUAUUGUAUUUAGCUUGUUGCCCAGGAAGCACUGGUGUCCAGAAAGCUGUCAUGCUUUGUCAGCUGGACAGGUCUGCUGAUUCCCACCCCCCCCCCCCCCCAAUAUAAGAGUCUGAAUAGUGAUGGAGUGAUGACAGAGCGCUGCCAGGAGAGAGGAGUCAUGUGUGCUUAGUUUUUGUGUAGAGAAAAUAGCCUGAAGUAGCAGAGUGGGCUGGGACUGCCUGAAAGACCCUCUGAAAAAUCUUUCUUCAAAACACCAUAUAAACAUACAGUAUAUUCCACUGAGCCCUUUCAACAAAUCUGAAAACUACAGCUAUUUAUUGCCUGUUGGCUGUUACAAUACUGUUAAAAGUAUUUAAGUCUAACCUUUUCCAAUUUAUUGCUGGCGGUGAAUCAUAUGAAACAAUAAGUUUACAAAUAGUACAGAACUACCUUCAGUAUGGACAUAAUAUUUCCCCUGUUUAUUUAGCAGUGACGGCACCUAGAGGUCUCUGUGGAGAUGUUGGUGGCUGGAGAUUACAGGAAGCAGAAACUGCCUGAACAACAAAUGACCCAUAUAUCUCCAUCAUUUUGAAAACUGGCCAAAGAAAUUAUUACUUACAAUGUGCAAAAUGAGCUUUUGGUGGGACAAUUCUUCAACGGUGUAUGUGUGUGUGUGUGUGGUGUCUUUGUGUGUGUGUGUGUGUGUGUGUGUGUUUGUUUCUGGUGUGUGUCUCUGUGUGUCUGUGUGUCUUUGUGUGGUGUCUUUGUGU